UAUUAUUAAAUAAAAAUUAUAAAUAUGAAACUAAUCCUUGUCUUGAUCCUGACUGCAGCUCUUGCUGGAGCCCAGGUUUUAGUGGAGAACAAUAAUUAUAAGUGGACUAUUGAGUUUGGAAAGUACAGAGAUAACGAGAAUUACACAGAUGUAGAAAUUGCUCUGCAUGUGCCAUCAACCACACAACCAAUGACUAAUAGUUAUUACUCAAGUUUGGCCUGCGUCAAUGUAGGAACCACCAACUAUCAGCUUUCGACCACUAGUACUGCAUUGGAAGGAUUUGCUUUUGAAUUCCAAUGCUCUUCAACCUGCAACAAUUUGGAUGCUGUCUAUAGCACUGCUUCCUACUAUGCAGCAAACACAGGCUUUGGACAGACUACAACACAUGUUGCAAGUUCUCCUGCUCUUACUGCUAUUACUCCCCCUGACCAAGUAGAUAUUAAUAAGGGAGGAAAUUAUACAAGCAAGGUAGUAAAUUAUGAGAUUACUAAGCUGACUCCAACCUAUCUUAAGAAUAACUAUUUCCUCCCAAAUCAGACACAGACUUGGUAUGUCAGAUGCUUUGGAAGAUUUAACAAUGCAGCUUCGGCCACUUUCACUGCUGCUAUUUCCGAUUUACAAACGACUCUUGGCAACGGAAAGAACUUAUCGAUCAAAGGAAAUAGUUAUAUUGCCACAACCUUCAUUGCAACUGCUGGAGCACUGGUUGCUUCUCUCAUGUAAGAAGAUAAUAAGUUGAUUCAUAAGCAGAACACG